UAUAGUUGGUGAUAGAGUUAUCCAUCAUCCCUUUGGGGAGAAAGAGAUAAGAAAUAAUGUGGCUUCUGCAAGUCCCUCCCAAAAUGUCAAGCCCAUUCCUGAAGGGCAGCUCCGGCCUUCUCUGGAAGCCGAGUAGGGGCGUGACUGAGAGGCAAUGGGCACCGCCGUGCAUUGUGCCUCAAAUAAACGCGAUGAAGUCGAUGCAGGGAAAGGUGGUGUGCUCGACCAACGACAAGACGGUGGCAGUGGAGGUGGUUCGGCUGGCCCCUCACCCAAAGUACAAGAGGCGCGUGAGGAAGAAGAAGAAGUACCAGGCCCACGACCCGGAUAACCAAUUCAAAGUGGGCGACAUAGUCCAGCUCCAGAAGACCAGGCCCAUUAGCAAGACCAAGGCCUUUCUCGCACUCCCCGUUCCCAAGAGGCCCUCCAAUAAACCCUCCCAGACUGAGGAACUUUCCAUUCCCUUUGAGUCCCAGCCCCAGGCAUAGUGUCGCACUCCUUUUGCAUUUGCUUUCAUGCUUAUGUAUUCUAAUUCCAACGCUGCAAAUCUUCCCUAUUACUACUCUUUUUCGACCUUCACUCUAUGUGCUUUCUUAUUAUUCUAGAUGACUCUUGUUGCAUAUAUUCGUCUUUUUCUUUAAUUCAUUCUUGUUUUUACUGUGUGAGGGUUAUAUCUUAUAUGGUUAUAUAAGUUGCCACACCAUGAUUCCGAGGAUUCGGGACAUUUUCUUGUUUAAUUAAUUCCAUACUCAAAUGAAAUGGGAGUGGAGAUCUGAAUCUUGUUCA